AUGUUUUCCAAGGUAGCUGUUCUUUUCGCUGUUUUCGCCGCUGUCUCUGCAGGAAUCGUUCCUGGAGCAGCUGUAGGAGGCCACAGUGUCAGUUCUCGCAGACAAGAUGAUUUCGGCAACUACGCCUUUAACUACAAUAUUGUGAACGGAGUCGGUGCCACCAACGGACGUAGCGAAGUAGGUGACGGCUGGGGUAACAAGAGAGGAUCUUACGUCAUCGGUGACAUCGACGGACGUGCCAGAAGAGUCGAAUACGUAGCCGAUGCCGCCGGAUUCCGCGCCGUGAAAAGUAGAAUUGAUUUAGGUGCCGUCGUGGCUCAUGCUCCAGUAGCAGUUGCCGCCGCCCCCGUGGCAGCAGUGGCAGCCCCCGUAGCCGCUUUCGGAUACAAGGGUGUCGUUGGAGCACCUUUUGGUGCUUACGGCGCUUACGGUGCAUACGGUGCCCCAGUAGCUGCUUUUGGCUACAAAGGCUAA